CCGGCCUGUGCGUAAAGGGGCAGUUUGGGGUCAGCAAGGCAGAGCCCGGUGCGAACGCCACCAUGUCGCAGCUGGUGGAGUGUGUCCCCAACUUCUCUGAGGGAAAUGACAAGGAGGUCAUCGAGGCCAUCUCCCAGGCCGUGGCCCAGACGCCGGGCUGUGUGCUGCUGGACGUGGACGCCGGCCCGUCCACCAACCGCACAGUCUACACAUUCGUGGGGCGGCCUGAGGACGUGGUGGAGGGUGCCCUCAAUGCUGCCCGCGCCGCCUUCCGGCUCAUCGACAUGAGCAAGCACAAAGGGGAGCACCCCCGAAUGGGUGCCCUAGACGUCUGUCCGUUCAUCCCUGUGCGGGGCGUCACCAUGGACGAGUGCGUGCUGUGUGCCCAGGCCUUUGGACAGCGCCUGGCAGAAGAGCUGGGAGUGCCAGUGUACCUCUACGGGGAAGCAGCGCGGACGGCCAAUCGCCGGACUCUGCCGGCCAUACGGGCCGGGCAGUAUGAGGCUCUCCCGGAGAAGCUCAAGCAGGCCGAGUGGGCACCUGACUUUGGGCCCAGCACCUUCGUCCCCAGCUGGGGGGCCACGGUCACGGGGGCACGGAAAUUCCUCAUCGCCUUCAACAUCAACCUGCUGAGCACCAAGGAACAGGCACACCGGAUCGCGCUUGAUCUCCGGGAGCAGGGCCGUGGGAAGGACCAGCCGGGCCUUCUGAAAAAGGUUCAGGCCAUUGGCUGGUACCUGGAGGAGAUGAACCUGGCCCAGGUGUCCACCAACAUCCUGGACUUCGAGGUCACAGCCCUGCACACUGUCUACGAGGAGACCCGCAGGGAAGCCCAGGAGCUGAACCUCCCAGUGGUGGGCUCGCAGCUCGUGGGGCUGGUGCCUCUGAAAGCCCUGCUGGACGUUGCGGCCUUCUACUGCGCCAAGGAGAAGCUGUUCAUUCUGGAGGAGGAGCACCUCAUCAGGCUGGUGGUGAACCGGCUGGGCCUGGACUCCCUGACCCCCUUCGACCCAAAGGAGCGGAUCAUUGAGUACCUGGUCCCCAAACGUGAGUCGCAGCAGAGCCUGGUGGAGAAGCCCCUGAGAGCCUUCAUCAGGGAGGUGGGCGCCCGUUCUGCAGCCCCAGGUGGGGGCUCGGUGGCAGCAGCAAGUGCGGCCAUGGGGGCGGCGCUCGCAUCUAUGGCCGGCCUCAUGACCUACGGCCGCCGCCAGUUUGAGCACCUGGAUGCCACCAUGCGACACCUGAUUCCCCCAUUCCACAAGGCCUUGGCUGAGCUGACAGAGCUGGUGGACACAGAUGCCCGGGCCUUUGAAGGGUAUCUGGAGGCAAUGAAGCUGCCUAAAGGCACCCCAGAGGAGCGAGACAAGCGAGCUGCGGCGCUGCAGAAGGGACUACGCCAAGCUGUGGCUGUGCCCCUGGGGCUGGCGGAGAAGGUGGCCUCGCUGUGGCCGCCUCUGCAGGAGCUGGCCAGGUGUGGGAACCUGGCCUGUCGCUCUGACAUGCAGGUGGCAGCCAAGGCCCUGGAGACGGGCGUGUUUGGCGCCUACUUCAACGUGCUCAUCAACCUGAAGGACAUCACGGACCAGGAUUUCAAGGAGCAGGUCCAGCAGCGCAUCAGCAACCUCCUGAAGGACGCACAGACCCAGGCCGCCCUGGUGCUGGACCACCUGCAGGUGCGGCGGGAAUGACCCCCACCUCUCCCUCCCGACACCCUCCUGCAAGAUGGAGGGGCCGUGGCGCUUUGGGUCCCCUUCGGCCCCCAGUAAAGCAGGGCACAAUG